GUUUGAUCUUCGGGGUUUCCACCGGUGUAACGAUGUCCAGGUCCGCCGGGGCAGGCUCCGUCGUCCGCCUGCCCGCGGCAGCGACGCUCGUUCAGUCACUUUCAGCGCCACUUCCCCCGGGGAGCGAUCACUUUGUGGCCCCGCGCCGCACGAAACGCUGAACUUCGGACUUACGUGUUGUUGUUUUCUGAUUGCGGAAGACUGAAGCGAGCUGCGCUGCCUCCCCCCCUCUACCGAAAGCACGGCGCUGCUUCUGGAAACGAAACUUGGAAGGAGCAGAGCGAUCGACCUCACUAUGUUCGGCUCUCUGCGGCUGAUAUAAGAACGAGGGAUGGACGGUGAAAGAAGCGAUGGAGGAGGAGGAGGUGGUGGGGAACCUGAGGUGGAGGAUGAGUUUGCGUGUGCUGGGAUGCUGCGAGGAUCCCUGACCUCCCUGCACAGCACUGUGGAGCGGAUAUUCAGGGUGAAGUUUGGGAUCGGGGCAGACGAUUUGCCCAAUGGCAACAACGGGCAGAUUUGGCUGAAACUACGAGGGCCGAGCAACAGUGUGAAAGCUGCCAAAUUAUUUGUGAAAGGAGUUGUGAACCAGGAGGAGCAGCAGAAGGUUCCCUACACCAAGAACCUUCACUGUGUCUUCUGUGGAGCCAGAGGGCUGUUCAUGGACUGCCUGAUAAAAAUCACCUCAGCACAUAUAGUGGUUGGCCAUCAAGGAUUCCUGCUUAUAUCAGGUCUGGCGGAGCCGGUGGUGCGAGCCUACUCCCUGAUUACUGACCUGGUUGAGAGAUGUAAGGCCGCACAGUCCAGACGCUCUGAGACUGUGGACAGAGGCUCAGGUGAGUCUCUGGACUCACGCCGGGCCUUCAAAACUCUGGUUGAGAAAUGGGAGGACAGGCACACCGUGGAUCUUCUGGCGCUUCCUUGGCAGGUGAAGGAAAUCUUUCUGGAUUUGGUGAAAGAAUCGGGACUUGGUUCAAGCCCAGACCUGGCAGGGACAGAUGGAAUCGGCAUAUUACGUGACGAAUCGGAGGAUACAUGCGACAAACCCUCCGCCAUUACGUACACGCUCCCUGAGCCUUCCAGCACUGCUGAUCGGUGGGUUGAAGGGAUGACUGCAAGUUCAGGAGUAGAUGUUGCAGCCUUCCAGUCUUCUGCGGCAACCCGGGGGAGGGCCGAGGGUGCUGAGGAAAGACUCAUGCGUUCUCCACAGGAGGUAGGAGAAGAGGGGCAGCCAGAGCAGAGGGAAAUUCUAGGUACCAGAGAGAAAGACAGGCUGGGGGAGGAGAAAGAGCAGGAGCAGCAGCUGUCAACGGGAAACGAGUUUUGGCUCCUUCUGAAGUUCUUCACAGCCAUGGGGUACACAGAGGGCGUCGUGAAACGAGUGCUUGCCCAGACGGGACCUAAAGAGGCCUCACAGAUACUGGACUUGGUUCAACAUGAACAGGACCGCAGCGACCAGGAGCAGAUUCUUCGAGGUGGUCCAGACCCAAAACUUAAAGUUGGUGUUACCCUGAAUAAGAGUGAGAGGAACCGACCCUGCGAGACAGAGCACAGGGAGGAUGAAGAAACAGCAGCAGGAGUUGAUGAGGUGAUAAGUGGUAAUGAAGAGCUGGGAGAAGUUCGUGACAGAGAGGGAGAUGGAGCGACAGGAUGCACAAGACACUUUGAGGGGGGCAGUGGAGAGGAAAAGGAAGAAGGACACGAGGAAGACUUUGUCCUGGGAGUGUUGAAGAAAGCUGCAGCCAGCUGUGGGUACACUGAACAGAAAGUAGCCAAAGUCUACAACAUGUUGCCUUAUCGAUCCACUCACCAGCUGCUCCUAGAGCUGCAGAGGGAGAGCGGCAAAGAGGCCGACGGCUUCAGGGAGGGGCCGAGAGAGAUGGAUGAUGUGGUGCUGGAGAAAGAGGGACCAAAAGAUGGACCAGCAGAGGACAAAGAAAAGAGAGAAUCUAAUGAUGAAGGAUGGGUAGUGGUGCCAAACCCAGCUGCACUUCUUGCAGAACCACUUUUGCUUCCUUGGAUUGAUACACCCCAGCAGCCUCCUAUGAGUGAGUACACCUCGCAGCCAAAGCAACACCAGCCUUCAAAGUCACAAACUCCACAUCAGAUCAUGCUGCCUGAAGUCAAAGGGCCUCCCAUGUCUACUUAUCCCUCAUCCCUAGAUGCUCCGCUAACCGUUUUCCAAACUAACAAACAAUAUGACCAAACCAUCUUCUGGCCUAAUUUGUCCACCUCAAAUCAAAAUCAUUCAGCUGAGGACAUCUUAAAUCCAAAGCCCCAGCCUUCCGUCUCUGUAAAAAAAGCACUUCAAGCCCCUCAACACCCCACCUUCACCAGGAACGACGCGUCUCCCACCAGAGCGAGGGAAAGACGAGGCUUCAUGCCUGUCUCUUCGGUGGUGGUGACAGGGGAGCAGCGUUUCCUGGAGGGACUGCAGACGCCCUUUGUCCUCCAGCUAACAGACCGGCCUGGAGACCCGAAACUAAGGGAGAUCAUCAUUGACGGGAGCAACGUGGCAAUGAGUCAUGGGCUGGGUCACUUCUUCUCCUGUCGAGGAAUCGCUCUGGCUGUCCAGCAUUUCUGGGAAAGAGGUCAUCGUCAAAUCAUCGCCUUACUCCCACAGUGGAGACAGAAGAGCGACCCCAGGAUCAAAGAGCAGCACUAUCUGACUGAGCUGCAGAAGCUGGGCCUGCUCUCCUACACCCCCUCCAGGGAGAUCCAGGGCAGGAGGAUCAGCUCGUAUGACGACAGAUUUAUGUUGCAACACGCGCAAAAGACAGAUGGAGUGAUCGUAACUAACGACAACCUGAGAGACCUCUCAGACGAGUCCUCUGUAUGGAGGGACAUCAUCAAAAAGAGACUUCUCCAGUAUACGUUUGUAGGGGAUCAUUUCAUGGUGCCGGACGACCCUCUGGGGAGAGGAGGACCUCACCUGGAUGACUUCCUACGUUCAGAGCACAGGACUCCUGACCCAGGAAACCACUCUUUUGCCGGUGUUGCCACGGCUUUCCCUUCCUCCAAACCUCCACGUUCCCAAACGGAGGUCCUGAACUUUCGUGACCGAACACUGGGUGGCGGUCUGGAUCCAGAGUGGAGAGGGGGCCGGGGGAAAGGGAGAGGGUCUGGGAAGGGAUGGGACAUGGGACACAAGCACAGGGAGCGUGGAGCUGCAGGUCUUGAACCAGUGUUCAGUGCACACAGGAGUCCAGAGGAAACAGCCAGACUAAGAGAGCAGCUCUGUCAGGUUUUUCCAGGUCAGGACAACAUGGUGACGCUGAUGCUGCAGUGCCACCCAGCAGAGAUGGACAUUAAUGUGCUGUCUGAUCUGAUCUUGGAGCAGCAGAAGGAGUAGGAAUUUUUAAGUUUUAGUGUUUUCCCUGGCUUAACGCAGGCUUUUCUUAAGCUGUUUUUUGGCCUGGUUUAAGUGAUAUAGUAUUGUUUUUCUCCAAACAACUACAACAAAUCACACUGGUUAAUAGCACAUAUCCACAUAAGCAAGGAUUUUACAAAAAAUACCAGACAGUCAGAUGAGUAAUUGAACUUUCUGUUGACAGUCCAGUGCACAUAUAAUUUAACUAUGAUGUCCUGUUUUUGAGUAUAAGUUGUCUCAUGUAUUCUUAUGUAUUCAGCUGUUCCCUGUUUCUCUCCUUUCACUGUCAACAGUUCCAUUCUUCCAAAAAAAUAUAUUUAAAAGUAAUUUUAUUAAAUAGAUAACCCCCAGAUUAUCCCCCAUUAUCAUUGAUCUGUAUUGAUCCCACACAUUUCUGCAUCCCUUGAAUCAGUUACUCGCUGAAGAACUGUUGGAAUGACAAACUGUAUGAAAGAUAAUGCUGAUAAUACACCUUCUUCGUCACUUAAAACAAACAGAUUAGGGAUAAAUAAAUCUGUGGGGAUUAUCUUUUUAAUUUUCAAAUAAAGCAAAAUGGGUUUUUGUCCUACAUGACUCAGAGUAGGUUUUUAACCAUGCAAAUAGGUCUGGGAACUGCAGUGUCAGACCUGGUCGGUUGGUUGAUCCACUGUUUUUGGUUCAAAAUGAAAUAUCUCAACAACUGCCAUGAAAAUCCCGAGAGGAUGAAUCCUACGGAUUUUUAUGUUCAAAUCAAUAUAAUCUUUUUUGGGGGGUUAUACUGAAUUCAUUAUAACCUGAUAAACUUCAGUUUUUACUUAUUGAUCUGGUGUAAGACAUGCCUGGGUGGUUGUGCCAUGCUGGAAAAGAUAUUAAAACCAGUUCUUACAAUAUUUGGUACCCUCAGUUUUAUAUAUUUAACUUAUUUUAACCACAUCUGCAAAUCAUAGUGUGCCUAGAGGAGGAAGUGCACUUCAGAUCAGAUCAGAUCCUGUUUGAGGAUCAGACACUCAAAUGCAAUCUUUUAACAUAACAAAAAUGCUUGUUACUAUUUGUACAUUUUAAGAUCUCAGUGACAAACUUUGCUGGGUAGUGUUUCAUUAAAUCAGUUUAUGGAACCCAUUAAAAUAUUUCUUGAUUGCAAGGAUUAAAAAUAAAAUCUUGGUCUUCAGAGUUUUCCUGUGUCUCUGUUGCACUUGUUUCAGAAUCAGCAGAUUAAAAUCAUCUCAAUCUAGAAAACUGAAAGAACAAGACUAAACCCACAUUUUCAUAAAACUGUCAUCGAAGCUGAAGGAGUCUGACUGACUGAGAAAGUGUAGUCUAAUGAGAACAAUGCUACAGCAUUCAGGCCCAAAAACUCAGAGACCCUGCAGCAUCAGAGCAUUUUGAAAUCUUUCCCAAAUGAACCGAAUUCACAGACCUUUUUCACAGCAGACGUUCAGAGCUGAAGGAAAAGCACAUGUGGAACCAGUAACACUAACAAUGGCUCUGUUUCA